AUGAACCUGACAGAGUUUAACCAGUCUGAUCGCUGUGAGCAUUUCUCCUGUCCAGAGAGAUCUGUAUCUCCUGCAGUUUAUAUCUUACUGUACGUGUGUUCAGCUGCUGUGGUUCUUCUAACAGUGUGUGGAAAUCUCCUUGUCAUCAUCUCGGUUUUUCAUUUCAAGCAGCUUCACACACCGACCAACAUGCUCGUGCUCUCUCUGGCUGUGUCGGAUUUCCUGAUUGGCACUUUAGUGAUGCCGCCGGUGUUAAUCUGGACGAUUGAGUCAUGCUGGAUUUUUGGAAGAGGUUUCUGCGUCAUUUUUUUGUUGAUUGGUGGUUUCCUCAUGAACGUAUCCAUCUAUAAUAUUGCUCUGAUCUCUGUGGAUCGGUAUUUGGCUCUCUCAAACCCAUUUCUCUACACAAACAAAAUCUCUAGGAGGACUAUGUGCAUUGAAGUUUAUUCCAACUGGUGUGUGAGUCUGACAUAUAACACAGCACUCUAUUAUUUUAAUGGACUCUUCACAGGUUCUGUAAUGUGUCCUGGAGAGUGUUUUCUAAUUCUGAAUGAGAUUUGGACUCUAAUUGACCUUGUUAAUUCAUUUAUUUUUCCAUUUUCUGUCAUUAUCAUAUUGUAUACUCUAGUUUUUGUGAUUGCUAAGAAACAUGCCACUGCUAUCAGAGAGCUUAAUAAUCACACACGGCCUAAAACUCAGAAAAUCACCACACACUCGAUGAAAUCUGAGAGAAAAGCAGCUAAAGUACUUGGCAUUUUAGUGGCUGUGUUUCUGGUGUGUAUACUUCCAUAUUUUAUUUACAGUUUAUUAGGGGAUGUAAUUGAACUACAUGUAGAAACAUUCCUGAAAAUUCUAAUAGUGGUUUAUCUUAAUUCCACCAUCAAUCCAUUUAUUUAUGCUCUGUUUUACCCGUGGUUUAGGAGGUGCAUUAAAUUAAUUAUAACUCUGCAAGUAUGCCAAACAGAAUCUUCAUUAAUAAAUGUUCUUUCAUGA